CAAAGUACGAAAUAUAAUAACAUUCACACCAUAAAAAGAUUAUUUACUUUUGUUUUAUUAUUAAUCUUUGUACUAAAAUACAAAGACUCAUCCUGAAUAUUUUAUUGAAUUUUCUAUCCUAAACUAGAAAAACUUCGACUUUUUGUGUCUAAGGAACAUAAACAAAACAAAAUAACUAUAGGUACGAAUAAGAUAUGGCAGCAUUGUCGAGCACGUUGUGUUAAAAUUGAAAACAAAAUAUUUAUUCAAAAUAUAAUUUCAAAUAAUUAUCCUACCAUUGCACGGGAACGAGAGUAACUUAAACCGCAGAAAAAGGUGUUCCGCAUAUCCUCUAAUAUGAUGAAAGAUGAAGAAUUGGAUCAAAAGCCUCCGGUCAUAGCAAAGAAAGCUGGCCCCAAGCGCUAUUUUCAGUCACCUGUUUCUGAAGAUGAGGUGAAACCAAUUAAAUUGAAAAGUGUUAGCCAGCAGAAUUUCUCCGGUGAAAUCAUAAAGGUUGAGCAAGAUAAGCAGCUUCCAUUUAGGAAAGCUUAUCUGCGCAAAGCUAGAGUUCCAAACCAAUCUAAAAAGAAUGUUUCAGAUUUGAAAGCAAGGGUAAAAAUUCCGAAAGAUCGUCUUGAAAAAUACUCUAACGGAGAAAAGGUCAAUUCGAAAGGCGUGAAAACAACGUUUUUUAAGAACAAAUUAAAGCGUAAAGAAGUUUAUUUGGAAUAUGCAACAGAACAAGCAGCACGCACUGAAAUAUUACUUACGGAGCAACAAGGUUUCAUUGAGCCAGAAGAAGAAGAGAUCACAGCACAGUACAGGCAGGAAGAAAUUGCACAAAAUGUUGAUAUUCUUGCUGCAUCGAAGCAUUUUAAGUUAAAUCUUGAUUUCGGUCCUUAUUCUAUGCGUUACACUAAAAAUGGCCGUCAUUUGCUUCUUGGUGGACGCCGCGGACAUGUUGCAGCUUUUGACUGGGUAACAAAAAAACUACUUUGUGAAAUGAAUGUUAUGGAGGAAGUCGUGGAUGUCUCGUGGUUGCAUGUGCACACCAUGUUUGCAUGUGCACAAAAAGAUUUCGUUUACAUUUACGACAAUCAAGGCACAGAACUGCAUUGCGUGAAACGUCUAUAUCGAGUCAACCGUAUGGAGUUCUUGCCUUACCAUUUUCUACUCGCAACUGGCAAUAAAGAUGGUUAUGCAUCUUGGUUAGAUGUAUCUAUUGGCGAGUUAGUAAGCAAUUUCGACACAAAACUUGGGGCCAUACGUUUAAUGCGUCAAAAUCCUGGAAAUGGUGUAAUGUGUAUUGGCGGAGCAAAAGGUGUAGUGUCAAUGUGGUCACCAAAAGUUCGUGAACCACUUGCUAAAUUGUUAUGUCACUCCACACCUAUGAGUGCUUUGACUGUCGACCCAAAAGGACAAUAUAUGGUUACGGCAGGUCAGGAUCGAAUGGUUAAAGUUUGGGAUAUACGUGCUUUAAAAGGGCCUUUGGCGAGCUAUAGAUUAAGGUUACCAGCUAAUCAAGUUGAAGUGUCACAACGCGGAACUUUGGCUUAUUCACAGGGUACAUAUUGUGAAAUUCAGUCGAAUUUGUUAUUGGGCAAAAAGGCGGAAACGCCGUACCUACGCCAGACUUGUGAUGCUUUUGUGCAUGGAAUGCGUUUCUGUCCAUAUGAAGAUGUUCUUGGUAUAUCUACUGCUAAAGGAUUUCAGUCACUACUUGUUCCGGGUUCUGGUGAGCCAAAUUACGACGCAUUAGAAGACAAUCCUUAUCAGACCAAGUCACAACGUCGUGAACAUGAAGUUCAUGCACUUUUGGAGAAAAUACCGCCAGAGUUGAUUACAUUAGAUCCAAAUGAAAUUGCCGCUGUAGAUGUGCCCACAUUACAAGAAAAAGUUGAUGCGAAGCGAGCACUAUUCCAUUUGAAACCACCAAAAAUAGACUUCAAAUCAAGGCAUAAAAUGAAGGGUCGUGGAGGAAGUGCAAAAGCCUCACGCAACAAGCAAAUUGUUAAGGACCUCAAACGAAAAGAGUUUAUUGAAGAUAUUAAAAAAUCAAAGCGAAGCAUCCUCGAGCAGAAGCCAAACGACGCAUCUGAUUUUAUACCGCUUGAAACAAGUGAACCAAAAGUACUUGAUCGAUUUAAGCCUAAAACCGCAAGGAAAAAGUGAUAAUUUAAAAUAAGUCACUUGGGAUUGAUCUAAGCUGUAAAAAUUGGAGAUAAAUUUAAGACAAAAUAAAUAAUAUGAACGUAAAAAUUGCAUCACUUCAACUUAUCGUGUGUAUAGAAACGCGAAUAUC